CUUUUUCUGAGGGUAUUUUCGUCCUCAUACCAGGAGUGGCUGUCUGAUGACGUGUCACUCUUGGGCAUCUAUCCAAAUAGCAUACAUUAUCGAGAUGGUGCUUUUAACAAUUUCUAUCAAGUUGUCAAGAAACACCAGCAUAACACGAAAUGAAUUUGAUGAGCUCAGGCUCGACUGCUUUGAACAAACCAAUGCCAGCAUCAAUAGAAGGCAAGCGACCGGCAGUGAGGAUACAGAAUGCAUGGAUGGGGUGGUUAGUGGACAAAGGAGGUGAACUGUACACACCUAAUACCCCUGCAUGGAGUAUCCCCCUCCAUCCACUUGCUGCCUUUUCUCUGCCAGUUGUAUUGACGCUCUGAUCUGCGUGGCCUUCCCCUGUCACUAAAACAAGGAGUGGGUGGAGUGGUUGGAGCUUCUACAAUCGUCUCGAUUCUAGUUUCACAGACAUAAAGAUACGUUUUAUGGCCAAGAUCAGGCUCAGUCUGGGGUUCAAGUUCGACCUAUUGCUACUCGUCGCCUGCCGGCCAAUUCAUCACACCCUCCACCCCUGUGAAAUGGCAGUAUGCUUGCUCAUCGCUGAGCCCCGCAGCACUGUUCGACAAUGCACAUUGCUAUGCCUCAGAAUGCAUUUCAAGCGAAGUGAAAGGCUGGAAGAGUUCGAAAUAUCUCAAGAAAAUCAAAUAUAUAUUUCAAUUUCCCAAAGAUAGCAAACGUCGACAAAGAUGGAAAUUUUUUUGCAGGUGUGAAAUGUGCAUGGGGAAGUUAAGGUUACCUCGACGCAAAGGGGAGGGCCCUGGGGCCUGGAAGCAUUACAAAGCUAAACCAUUAAGAUAUGGCCAU